AUGGCGGUGUGUGGCUCGUUCAUUGACAGCAAUGUUGAAAAUUUUCUGGAAUUCGCGCUACGAGCAACUGACUUCGUGUACGGUGAGGUGUACCGCUAUCCGUCACCUUCAGCGAGAAACCUGAGAGAUCGGUUGAACCCACUAGAACUGUACAGCGAUGAAGAAUUUCGGUGUAGAUAUCGCUUCUCCAAGCAGUCUAUUGUGCUGCUACUGAAAGAGCUCCGGCUCAACAGAAAUGAUGAUAAAAGAGGUGAGCCUCUUCCGCCUGUGUUAAAGCUCCUCAUCACACUCCGAUUCUACGCGACCGGCGCGAUGCAGACUGUUGUUGGUGACCUCGUCAACGUAUCGCAGCCAUCCGUGAGCAGGAGCAUCUGGGAGGUGACGCAAGCAAUCUGCGUGGGACUGUUCCGCAAGUACGUGCGCCUACCAACAAGUGCAGAAGCGAAGUCCGUCAAGACAAGGUUUUACAAUAUCGCUGGCUUUCCGGGCGUCACUGGCUGCAUCGACUGCACGCACGUGCAAAUCAUCAGUCCCGGAGGAGACAACGCAGAAGUGUACCGGAACCGAAAAGGCGUGUUUUCGAUAAAUGUGCAGGCUGUGACAGGACCCGAGCUUCAGUUCUUUGACAUUGUUGCAGGUUGGCCUGGUUCAGUUCACGACAACCGAAUUUUUGAAAACAGUCGUGUAAUGACGUCAUACGAGCAGGGAACUGUGUCUGGCAUGCUUCUGGGAGACCAGGGAUACGCUUGCCUGCCGUACCUCAUGCCACCCCUGAAAUACCCCCAGACAGCUGCAGAAAAAAGAUACAACAAGAGCCAAAUUAAAACGAGAAACUCUGUAGAGAGAGCAUUUGGAGUUUGGAAGAGGCGGUUUGGCUGCCUGAAGACAAAACUGCAGACAAAAAAGGAGAGGACAUGUGCAAUAAUAACAGCAUGUGCAUCACUUCAUAACGUGGCGUCUCAAUUGGGUGAUUUCUGGUUGAGUGGAAAUGAAGAAGAGGAUGCAAGUGAACCAGGGCCUGCACCAGCUGACAGUCCUCGUGGCAACCAGCUGCGGAGGCGGCUCAUUGAGAGACGCUUUUCGAGCACUGCAGCUCACCAGACAGGGACAUAG